AUCUAGUAUAUAUUGCAGUAGAUAUUUUAUUUUGCUUCCAGAAAUGAUGACUGUGCAUUUUGGUCUCUAACCACAGGCAAGCUAUAGCACAAUCAAUGAAGUUUCUUAAAAACAAUCAAAUUUACAAAUAAAGGAUGAUGCCAUUAUAAUGUUAAUUAAUUUCCUGGUGGUUCUGAAGUUUUGGAAGGGAAGGAGCUGUCAGGCUGUACUAUAAGCUUUACAUUUAUGCCCUUUUUUCAUACCGAGAGCUGCAUGUGUCAGUUUGCAGGGGGAGUUGUCCUGUCAGGCACUCCCCCUUGUGUUAGCAUGUGCUCUUCUAACAGGGAACGAGAUGGGGACACGGUACAUUGCCAGUCACACACUCUCUCCUCCUCCCCUCUCAGUGACAGCUUUGGUGUAAAUGCUGCAUGACAGAGCAGUACUCUUGCACUUUUUCUUGGCAGAUCAGUAGAGGAAACUACUAGAAUUUUUCCUUUUUUUCCCCCUCUGUGCUGAUUAUAUUUGAGAUAAAAAUCUUGCCAGCUAAUGUUCUGUUAGUUGGAACGAGCUUAAAAAAAAAAGAACUUUCUUUUUCACUUUUUUAUGUUAUCCACGCUGGCUGCUGGGCUCUUAGCCACUAAAGAAAAGGACAGAGUGUAACUUAUCUUUAAUGGAUUGUUCCAUAAACACGCAGCUCUGAAAAUAAAGUCUUCAGAGAAACCCUUUAACCAUCAAUAACACGGUCAGCACCACCCCUGUGUCUUUUUUAAGCUGACAUUGCGUCUUUAAUGAACUACAUCAGGAAGAAGGAGACAGAUGUGUGCUAACUUCUGUUUUUCUCCCAUACUUUUUUACAUUUUGUAGAGUUUCUGGACUGUGAUAUAAAGAAAUCUUCUGUUCUGUGCAGUCAGAGUGCCUGCAUCUAUUUAACUAGAAAAGAUCUGCCUUGAGCCUGUUCUGCUACUUUACAAGGGACCUUUUGCAGAAGAGCAGACUGCUCCACCACUGCUCAAUGCUUGUCUAGUGUCAUUUGUAUGCAGUGCUGCUGCUACUGGGAUCUAAGCUACAGAAAGACUUUGUAACAUUUAUGUUGUGGUUUUUGGUGCUAUAGGAGGGUACAGAAACUUGAGCGUACAAGGUUGGGUGCGACAUUUCUUCACAUGCUCCCUCCUCUUCGCCACCCCUGCAGAUUUCAGAUCAGACAGUCACUUCCUGAGCUUCUGAUCUUUCAGUGGACUUUUUUUUUUUCUUCUUCUUCUUUUCUGCAAAGAUUAGCGAUAAUUUUCAAGAGAGAAGUUACUGCCUUUUCUUGAGGGCUCUUGGUUAGAGCUAACGAAAGAGACAUUAGGUUUGUUAUAGGAGGAAACAGUGUCUGCCACAUUUUAACUCCUACUGUUGUAAUGCAUAUUCCCGUAGACCCCAGUACCAACCGGCGCUUUACUCCUCCAUCAACUUCUUUCUCCUGCGGAAAAAUGGGAGACAGCAAUGGAACCAUCAGCUCUUCUGGCACCGGAAGGACAAGGGCAGAGAUACGAACUGUGGUGGAUGUCCUGGCGGAUCAUGCAGGAGAACUGGUCAGGACUGACAGCCCCAACUUCCUUUGCUCCGUUUUGCCUUCACACUGGAGAUGCAACAAGACAUUACCAGUAGCCUUCAAGGUUGUAGCGCUGGGUGAGGUCUCAGAUGGGACAGUUGUGACGGUCAUGGCUGGAAAUGAUGAGAACUAUUCAGCUGAGCUAAGGAAUGCCUCUGCUGUCAUGAAAAACCAAGUAGCCCGAUUCAAUGACCUCCGUUUUGUAGGAAGAAGCGGAAGAGGCAAGAGUUUCACUUUGACAAUCACCGUUUUCACCAGCCCUACGCAAGUUGCUACAUACCACAGAGCCAUCAAAGUGACUGUGGAUGGUCCACGAGAACCAAGAAGGCAUCGGCAGAAACUUGAAGAACAGGGGAAGCAUUUCACAGAACGCUAUAGUGAUUUAGAACUUAUACGUCGGCAAAGUAUAAGGGUUCAGCCAAACCCAAAUCCAAGACCAUCACUGGCUAACCCAAACCCAUUCAGCAGCCAAGCUCAAUCUCAAUUACAAGCACAAGAUCUAAGCCCUUUCUCAGAUCCACGAACAUUUGAUCGUUCCUUUUCUACUUUGCCAUCUCUCUCAGAGACAAGAUUUUCAGAUGCCCGAGUGCACUAUCCUGGAGCAAUGUCUUCUGCUUUUUCCUACACAGCUUCUCCUUCAACAACUGGAAUAGGAGGCAUUAGUGUGACAGGUAUGCCUACCACAACACGUUUUCAUCCCACAUACCUUCCGCCACCAUAUCCUGGUUCAUCUCAAAACCAAACUGGACCAUUCCAAGCCAAUGCUUCUCCUUAUCAUUUAUACUAUGGCACAUCUUCUGGAUCAUAUCAUUUCUCCAUGGUUGCUGGAGAACGUUCUCCUUCACGAAUGCUUUCUUCUUGCACUAGUGUGGCAGCUGGAAACAACUUGAUGAAUCACAACCUGGCCAACCAGAGUGAUGGAGUGGAUGCAGAUGGAAGCCAUAGUAAUUCUCCCACAAGUUUGGCCAGCAGCGGGAGAAUGGAUGAGCCUGUCUGGAGACCAUACUAAGUACAGUAUAGCAAAAAAAAAUAAAGACAUCUGAAGUUACUGGAAUGUGCAAAGCAGAUGCAAUUAUAAUCACUUGAUGGUACAUACUGUAUUAUAAGAGAGAUAUAAAUGUAUUAAGAACUAUCACUGUAUGUGCAGGUUUUUUAGAUUUAUAGUGUAGCAAUCUUAGUACUUAUGUAAGCAUUAUCAUCUCAAAUGAAAACCACAUCACUCAAUAAGUUUAGGGAUAUGACCAGAGUUGCAAUACUCACUUGUUCUGCUGCCUACUUUGCUCUGUUGCAGAGCUAUCAUUGCCCAAAGAAUCUUCUGUAUCUGGAUGCCCCAUCCCCCUCUAGGCUCUGUGGUUCCUCCUCGACUUUUACUUCACUACUGGACACAGUAUUGACGUAGUACCUGGUGGAAGGAACCACAAUGCUCAGCGGGGGGACCAGGCACCCAGCAUAAUCAGCAGUGAAUUACGUACUGAAGACUCAGUGGUGGUGGAAAGUGAACAUAGGCAGUGCAGGCACUGCAUUGAUUAUUUUUGGGGGGGAAAGUGACAUUUAAAGCAGUUCAAGUGAAGCCUAAUAUUAUAACUACUCUUAAAACUGUCUCCUCUCCCCUCCUAACACCUAUACUUACUAACCUAUGUAAGAAAAAAGGCCGCUCCAGUGAUCACAUUCCCCUGUAUGAGCAACACCAUUGCAGGAGGAGUAAGGAUCGCUGAUAAUGAAUGGGCCAUUCAAGCCCAUGGGUGACAUCACCACACCAGGCUUCCAGGCUUUUCCUGGCUUUUUUACUGCUUUUCAAUUAUAAAAUGUAUAUAUAUAUAUAUAU